CACGAGGGUCGCUUUUCCGUUCCCCCACCCCGCAGAAAGAAGCCCCUGGCUUCUGAGAGCGACCCGUUCUGGUUUCCUUCCUUCCUGCUUCCUCGAAUCCGAGGUAGAAAUGGAGAUAUUUCCUGGUCCAAGUGCUAGGGUUCGGAGCGGUGUCGGUUUCCAUCGGUUCCGUGUUUCUUCGUGUUCUUGUUGGCGGGUCGAGGGGUACCGACGGUUAGGGCAUGAGCGAAUGGGGCUCGGGAAGUCGGAGAAGGACGCCGGGGAAGGGGAAGAGGUGGUCACAUGCUCGAUAUGCUUUGAGACGGUGAUGAGCGGCGGGGCCCGGUCCAUGGCCUUGCUGCAGUGCGGUCACCAAUUCCAUCUCGAUUGCAUUGGUUCAGCUUUUAAUGCUAAAGGAGUGAUGCAAUGCCCAAAUUGUCGGAAAGUUGAGAAAGGGGAUUGGCUCUAUGCAAGUGGCCCUCACUGCCUGCCGGAUGUUAGUGCAGAUGAGUGGAGACAUGAUGAGGACCUCUACAAUCUUAGUCAUUCAGAAACGACAUUUGGAGUCCAUUGGCAUCCAUUCAGUAGAUUAGCAAGGAUUCCAUCAUCUUUUGCAGCCAGAGCCUCUAGCGCCACUGCACAAUCCUUGGUUCCACCAUAUCUUAGAGCUCAGGGCAGUGUUCAUCAACAUAACCAAUAUCACAAUCUACAAAGUGUACAUGGAUCCCUUAUGACAGGUAUGCCACAAGUAAGAGGUUUGAGGAGCCUCGGGCCACCACCUCCACUGUCGCUUCCAGAUCAGGGUGGAUAUUUCUUAUUUCCUCCAUCAGCUUCUUCAGGCCAUAGUGCCGUAGGUGGCGAGAACAUUGGAAGACAUCAUUUCUUUGCAUGGGAAUGUGAACGCUUUGCUCCCUACCCUGUUAUGCCUGCACAAAUGGAAUCGAGUGGGUGGAGGCCUUUCCUGCAUCUUACUGGUGAAGGCCAGUCAGAAGGCUCAUUUCAUCUAUCGAUACAUUUAGCUUGACUGCAAUCCUAAUGUGAAGGAAUUGUUACGAUUGUAAAUGUGUUAUAUUUCUGUAAAUGAACCAACUGUAGUACAGGUUGCCUUGGAUGACUGAAAAACAUAUAUAUUCUCGCUCUAAUCUGGCUGAAUUGUUUCCGCUCCA